AUGGACUUGGCCAACGGCACAGCUCAGGUCCUGGGGCAAUACAUGCACCCUGUUGUCGACCGUGACAAGUCGGAGCGAGGAGACCCCUGGCAGCGAAACUACGGCGCGCCUCCCCCCGUGGGCGAACUCGUGCCCCGGACCUCGCCCCUGAUUGACAUCCGUCCCUUGCUUUCCGACCCGCGGUACACCGUCGUAGGGCACCUCGAGAGCCAUGGCUUCGGGGUGGUCAAGCACCGCUCGGCGGCCCUGCAGGCAUGCUACACGGACGAGGGCGAGGUGGACGAGGAGGCCGUGGCGAGCGUGUAUUACCCCGAGGUCAAGGAACUGGUGAUGCAAGCGCUGGGUGCCAAAUCCGUCCACGUCACGCACAGCGUCUUCCGCAAGGGCGCCAGCGCGCCGGAACCGUUCCGGAUGCCGACGGGCUUGAAGCCGUUGACGCCGUCGGCGUCGGCAGCAGCCUUGACGACCAAGCCAGACCACGGCCAGGAGGCAGCCGCAAGACCAGCAGCUCCGGGCAGGCCGGCAGAGCAGGCCCGGCAAGCCAAGCCGGCAAGCUACUGGACGUCCCGGCCGCGCAUGAGCACAUCCACGCCGGCGCGCGUCCCCCAUCUCGACUUCACGCCCCUCUCCGCCCGGCGCACGCUCCGCCACCAGAGCCGAGACAUCUUCGAGGCAGCCGUGGAAAGGGGCAUGAUUGCAGCCGAAGACGGAAUCUGCCAGAACCACCCGUUCCAGCCGUCCGCCAAGGAGUCGGACGCCCUCAUCGCGGAGCAGUACAACCACGCCGGGACGGGCCAGCUUGGGCCCAGAUACGCCGCGUACAGCAUCUGGCGUCCUCUGAGAACGGUGGCCCGCGACCCGCUGACCUUUUCGCCGCGGAGGGAGGUGCCCGCCAGCGCGGUCGGCAACAUGGUACACUGGCAGUACGAGAACAAGGUCCCCGGGCCGCCGGAGCUGGGCGGCGACUGGCUCAAGGAAUUCGCCAUGCUCGGCGUCACGGCCAGGGAAGAGCCGGCGGAGCAGAGCGUCUCGCCUGAAGGCGCCCGCCCAGAGUGGUUCUACCUGUCGGCGCAGGAGCCGGACGAGGUCCUGUUCGUCCAGCUCUUCGACAGUGCGUCCUUGGGCGAGACCUCUCAGCACGCAGGUGCCCCGUGGCACGCGAGCCCCGAGAUUGGCGCUGCGGCUGGCCCCGAGCCCAGGCAGAGUAUAGACGUCCGUGUCGUUGUAUUCUGGUAG